AUGGCAAUCAAGUCCACCUUGCCCGAUUUUCUUCGGGAACAGGAGCAGCAAGGGUGCCCCAUCAAGGCAGUGGUUGUCGACAGCAUUGCCUUUCAUUACAGAUGUGCUCCUCCGGGUGGAACUAUUUAUCUGGCACGGACCAGAUCUUUGUCCACAGUUGCUUCUUUGCUGCCCGAUACGGCCACAAAAUUCGAUCUGGCAGUCAUUGUCACUAACCAAGUGACAACCAAGGUUGCAGCCACAACCACUGCCAACACCAUGGAUACGGAAUCGGUUUUGGUUCCAGCUUUGGGGAAGCUGGGCUCAUACAACAACCACUCGUUUAGUGAUUGA